AUGACGAUGGCACUUCUUCGGAUUGCACGCCCGCCAGUUUCACGCCUUUUAGUUGCGGGGGCCCAUUACCACACCGUGUCGGAUGCACUGACAGAGGAGGAGCGGCGUCAUUUGGAGCAGGAGCUGCCACCGCGGGAGCUUUUGAGGGAAUUUCGAACCAAGGAUCAACCACCGGAUGGGGAAGGCGAUGAUGACGUGAAAGUACCGGGUGAUUCCUUUGGUAUCAUGCGCAAUCGUGUUGUCUUUUACAGACCGAUUCCACGGGAGGUGCAUGCUGGAGCUCUUGGGGAGUUGUUUCCCGAGGGGUGUCACCCGAUGCGCUCCGUUAAUGCCGCGACUUUGAGGCGCCUCUGCGGACGGUUUGGCGUGAGUCUUGAGGAGGCGGCCGCCGCAAUGUUAGAGGCAGAGCUUGACAUCAAUGUUGCUGUAGAUCUACUUGUGAGGCGCAAAGGCAUUAAGGCACCUUUUGGAAGCUUUGGACUGGUUGGUUUUGAGAACUACGCACCAGAGACGUUUUGUAUGGUGAACUUUAUUCUUCCAUCUUUUGAGGCUACACGUGAUGAUGAAGUGCUUGACGCAAUCCAUGAGUUGACGUUAUCCGCUGCGGAACUGCCGUUGGAUAUAACAAAAGAAGAACUUUUAAAUAAGUUUUUAAAUCAUUGGACGAUUGAGGAUGGAAGAAACUGCAGAGAAGUAAUGAAUUCUUUUGACAUCACAGCCCAAAGCAUCGUGAUGCUACCGUACGGAGAGUACAGCGUCCAGGGUUUUUAUAUCUUUAACCCUGUCAAGGAAGACGUUCCAAACAUUGGAACAGGGGCGGCAGCAUGCUGUCUGGAUCUUAGAACUGGCAUACACAAUCGCUUUCGGUUCCAUGUGGAACGCGUUGCAGAUUCCGUGAGUGAACAUGUUCUCCGCGAGCUGGUGCAUUAUGGACAGAACAUCCAUCUUUUGCGACAGGCGUAUUGGUUUAAACCGGAUUAUAGUGUGGAGGAGUACAUUCGCUUUAAGGAGUCCUUGCUACAACCGAGUGCAUCCAUCUUUGAGAUGCGCUACGCGGUGCUCACGGCGGCUCCUUACGGACUGGAAGGGUACCGUAACCUUGUAGAAAUGGAGAAGCUGAAGGUGGCACAACACAAAUACGAAAAACACUAUGAGGAUUUCAUUUCACCCGGUAAGUGGCUGACAAGCGAUAAUGCCCAGCUUCAGACAGUUGCAGCAGGAAGUGGUGAUGCACCUGGGUCCAUUCUGCAUAUGCAAACAAAUACUCCAAGCAUUUCAAAGACGGCGAUGGAGACGAGAACAGCACCGCUUCGUCAUGUUCUUGAAAAGUCCAUUCAGGCUCAUGGUGAUCGUGUUUUUGACCGCUUCUACCGCAUGAACUAUCAUUAG